AUGUUACCGCGCUGGGAUGAUCAGCAAUGGGACUCAUCCGAGUCAGCAGGCGAUAUCAGUGGGCAGUCAAUCACGUGGUCGGGAAAUCAGCAAGUUCCCGAAUCGCACUCACUGCUGCAGGCCCACUUACAGUGGCCAGAAAAUCAGCAAAUUCAAGAAUCGUACUCACUGCAGGCCCACUCACAGUGGCCCGGAAAUUUGCAACUUCAAGAAUCGCACUCGCUACCAGCCCAUCCGAGUCACAACUCUGACUCAGGGUUUGUAGCACACGACGACGAGUCGCGUCCCGGGCCAUCAUCAUGGCCGCAACUGCAGCCUGGAGAUGCACCACUAGCGUAUGAUGAGUCGCGUCCUGGGCCAUCGUCGUGGCCGCAACUGCAGCCUGGAGAUGUACCACUAGCAUAUGACGAGUCGCGUCCCGGGCCAUCGUCGUGGCCGCAACCGCAGCCUGGACAUGCACCACUACCGCACAGUCGGUCUGGCCAGAGCAGCAGCCUCAUGCUAUUCCAACACACCCAACACACCCAACACACCUCACCGAUCCUCACUCCAGCAGCGACAUCGGACCCUGAGAUAUACGGAAAUCUACCGCCCUCGGUUCCGAGUCAACUGCCGGCCCCAGCCAGCAUUGACACCAACACGUCCUCCCACCAUGACGCCAUCAUCGACAAAAAUCGUCACUCCCGGCUCUUGAAUGAGUCACACGAGUCCUGGCCCACUCCCGGACGGUCCCAGGGCCGGCGCCAAAAACUGACUGGCAUUGAUCGAGCCGAACGUGCGCGGGUGACGUCGAAGGCACAGCCAAUACAGAUAAUUCCAUGGGGUAAAUCCGCCGUGAUAUCUGCGUGUCAAGAAGAGAUGAAACGAGCUCUUCUGAAAGACACGUUGUUGCCUAUGAAAGUGACCAUCACUUCGUUAGCGAACUCUUCGUGGAACACUGUCAUGCGAAGACAAACCAGAGACGACCUUCGGAUCUGGGCCACCGAGUCACGUUCCAAAGUUAGCAAGCUCGCGCCUGUAGUGGACGAAAUUCAUGAAGCUUUGAAGCGGGCCGUAAGGAUAUUCGCUUACUACGAAUUUGAUCUCAAGUUCGAUUACGCUGCUGCCCUGGACGAGUCUCAUGUCGCUGAGCGUCAAACGCGAGUUGAAGGUCUAAUCGCGAAUGAUGCGUUUCUACACGCUACACAACAUGUCGAAGGUGUAGCCACUUCGGUCCCAUUUUCCCAUCCAGCGGUCAUAGCGUUCGCUGCGUACCUACUUAUAUCGGCGAAGAUUGGAACCUGCUACCUCUGCUAA